AUGGAUGAGUCCAAUCCGGACUGGGCGCCCUCGCUUCAUCUUGGGCAUGGGAAAGAAAUGAACGGCAACGCCUCGUCAUCUCGGCACACGAGGAAAAGGCGCCGAGCGGAGCGAUCGGGAAGUCUUCUAAAGCAGCUGCAUGCGAAUGCACUCGAAGGACGCAGUGCUGUGGCGGAUUCACCAGUGACCUCCGAAGACGAUGAACCGCUUUUUGAUGAUCAUCCUGAUAUCCAGGAGGCCCCUGAUCAAGAAUGCACUGAUGGAGGGAAGGCGGACUUUUCACAUGUUACUGACUUGACAAUGGAGCAAAUUGAGCAUCUUGAGGAACGAGAAUCGGCACCUGCUCUCAGAGUGCUGAAGGAAGGAAUGGCACGUACAAACCGAAACAGUCUAACCCUCUUCCAGGAGAUGCUCAUAUUCCUCAUCCGCCUUCGCUUGAAUGUGCCAUUGCAGGACUUGGCAUACAGGUUCAAUGUAUCCCAGUCAACUGUGUCUAGGGUUGUCAACAAGUGGAUUGACGUGGCCUUUGUCCGCCUCUCCCGUGCUGUGAAGUGGCCAGAACCUGAAGAGUUGCAGUGA